GCGGCGGCGGCGGCUGCAGCAUGGAGCCGCUGCGGGUCCUGGAGCUGUACAGCGGCAUCGGCGGCAUGCACCACGCGCUGAGAGAAAGCUGUAUACCUGCACAAGUGGUGGCUGCCAUUGAUGUAAACACUGUUGCUAAUGAAGUAUACAAGUUUAAUUUUCCCCACACACAGUUACUGGCCAAGACAAUUGAAGGUAUUACACUAGAAGAGUUUGACAGAUUAUCUUUCAAUAUGAUUUUAAUGAGCCCUCCAUGUCAGCCAUUCACAAGAAUUGGCCUGCAGGGUGAUAUGACUGAUCCGAGGACGAAUAGCUUCUUGUAUAUUCUAAAUAUUCUCCCAAGAUUACAAAAAUUACCGAAGUAUAUUCUUUUAGAAAACGUUAAAGGUUUUGAAGUAUCUUCUACAAGAGACCUGUUGAUACAAACAAUAGAAAAUUGUGGCUUUCAGUACCAAGAAUUUCUAUUAUCUCCAACCUCUCUUGGCAUUCCAAAUUCAAGACUUCGGUAUUUCCUUAUUGCAAAGCUUCAGUCAAAGCCAUUUCCUUUUCAAGCCACUGGUCAGGUAUUGAUGGAGUUCCCCAAAAUUGAAUCUGAACACCCACAAAAAUAUGCAAUAGAUGCAGAAAGUAAAAUUGAAGAAAAGAAAAUUGAAUCAAAUUUUUGCUUUAAUAGCAACACACAAUGUUCUGGAAAAGAUGCCAUUCUUUUUAAGCUUGAAACUGCGGAAGAAAUUGACAGAAAACACCAACAGGACAGUGAUCUCUCUGUGCAAAUGCUAAAAGACUUUCUUGAAGAUGACAUUGACAUGAAUCAGUACUUUUUACCACCAAAGUCACUGCUGCGAUAUGCUCUUUUAUUAGACAUUGUUAAGCCCACUUGCAGAAGGUCCGUGUGCUUUACCAAAGGUUAUGGAAGCUACAUAGAAGGGACAGGAUCUGUGUUACAAACUGCAGAGGAUGUGCAGAUUGAGAAUAUCUACAAAUCCCUUUCCAAUUUGUCACAAGAAGAAAAGAUAACAAAGUUGUUAAUGCUUAAACUGCGAUAUUUUACACCAAAAGAAAUAGCAAAUCUCCUUGGAUUUCCUCCAGAGUUUGGGUUUCCUGAGAAGAUAACAGUGAAGCAGCGAUAUCGGCUACUUGGAAAUAGUCUCAACUGAUGAAAGCAAGUGACAAAGAGAAGAGAAAUGAAACAAGAUCAGAAAUUGUAUCAAAAAAUUUUAAUUGAUAUUUUUAUUCUUAAAAAACAAUCAUUCCACUAUGGAGAAAUUGGAACUUUUGUGCAUUCCUGUUGGAAAUGUGAAAUGGUACAGCUACUGUGGAAAACAGUAUGGAGUUUCCUCAAAACAUUAAACACAGAAUUACCAAAUGAUCCAGCAAUUCCACUUCUGGGUAUAUACCCAAAAGAAUUGAAAGUAGGGACUUGAGCAGAUAUUUAUUUUUACAACAAUGUGCAUAACAGCAUUAGUCACAGUGGCCAAAUAGUGGAAGCAACCCAGUGUCCAUCUCAUCGGUACAUGACUAUAUAAACAAAAUGUUGUACAUACAUACAAUGGAGUAGUAUUCAGCCUUAAAAAGAAAGGAAAUUCUGACACAUGUUGUGACGUGGAUGAGCCUCGAGGACAUUAUGUUAAGUGAAAUAAGCCAGUCACAAAAGGACAAAUAUUGUAUAAUUCCACUUAUAUGAGUGAGGUAUGUAGAAGAGUCAAGUUCAUAGAGACAGAGGGUUCAUAGAGACAGAAUGGUGGUUGCCAAGGGUUGGUAGGAGAGGGAGUGGGGAAUUAGUGUUUAAUGGGUACAGUGUGUCUGUUUGGGGUGAUGAAAAAGUUCUAGGGAUGGAUGAUAGUGACGGUUGAACAACAGUGUGAAUGUACUUUAUGCCAACCAACUGUAUACUUAAAAAUAGUUAAAAUGGUAAAUUUUACAUUAUGUAUAUUUUAUUGCAAUUAAAAUAACUGUACUGCACCACCAUUUUUUCAGAACUCAUAGAUAAAUAUGGAUAAAGGGAAGCUGUAGGCCACACAUACGCAUCAACUGUCACUGUCUACAUUUUGCAUAUGUUUAAAGACAAACCUUGUUUCAAGUGUCAUAAAUUGUAUUAUACAAUCUGAAAUCAUUUUGGCACACUUACAUGUAGGUUUUCUUCACUGCUGAAAGAUUCUUAAUUGGCAAAAUGGCUUAGCCUAUUACUAUAAUUAUACUGUCAUAACAAUGCUAUUAGAGUGUCCUAUGCCCCAUUGAGCAAUAUUACAUGAAAUAAGUGUUGAGUUGCAACGCACCAACUUUAAACACAUGAAAGAUCUAUGGAGACAUUUGGUUACAAACUGGAAAACAAUAUAGCCUUUGUGAAAUUUUUAAAUUACUGAAGAAUAUCUACAGGCAGAUGGUGUUUCUUGCCCUUAAUUCAUAAUUGUAAAUAUACAGUAGCAAACAAAACUCACACUUUAAUGAAGAUAUAUUUACCAGUGUC